GCUCGCGCCCCGGCGCACGCUCGGGCGCCUCGCAGCCCAGGUCGUUGGGCCCAGCCCGGGGUCCCCGGCCGUGCGCAAGGCAAGAUGUUGAGGCGCAGCUUGGAAAACCGGGACGCUCAAACCAGACAACUGCAAGACGCUGUCACAAAUGUGGAGAAGCAUUUCGGAGAGCUGUGCCAAAUCUUUGCUGCUUAUGUGCGGAAAACUGCCAGACUGCGAGACAAAGCAGACCUACUGGUGAAUGAAAUCAACGUGUAUGCCUCCACGGAGACCCCAAAUUUAAAGCAGGGCCUGAAAAACUUUGCCGAGGAGUUUGCCAAACUUCAGGAUUAUCGACAAGCAGAGGUGCUAAUGAACAAUGAACAAAAGGUUGAAAGACUUGAAGCCAAAGUAGUUGAACCUUUGAAAGCUUAUGGAACCAUUGUAAAAAUGAAACGAGAUGACCUCAAAGCUACAUUAACAGCAAGGAAUCGAGAAGCUAAACAGUUAACUCAGUUAGAAAGAACACGACAACGAAACCCUUCUGAUCGACAUAUUAUUUCACAAGCAGAAACUGAAUUACAGAGAGCCACGAUGGAUGCUACCCGAACAACUCGUCAUCUGGAGGAAACUAUUGACAAUUUUGAAAAGCAGAAAAUAAAGGAUAUUAAGACUAUAUUUUCAGAAUUUAUCACUAUUGAAAUGUUAUUUCAUGGCAAAGCUUUAGAGGUCUAUACUGCUGCCUACCAAAACAUACAAAAGAUUGAUGAAGAAGAAGAUUUGGAGGUUUUUCGGAAUUCUCUAUAUCCACCAGAUUAUUCAUCCCGCUUAGAUAUUGUAAGAGCAAAUUCAAAGUCGCCUCUUCAAAGGUCACUGUCAGCUAAGUGUGUAUCUGGAACAGGUCAGGUAUCCACCUGCCGACUAAGAAAGGAUCAACAAGCAGAUGAUGAUGAAGAGGAUGAAGACUUAGAUGUCACAGAAGAAGAAAAUUAAUUUUCUUAAGAAAACUUCACAUUUCAGUUUUCACCUUGAAUGACUUGGAAUCCAGAGUUACUAUACUGUAAAACUUUAUACUGGCUUCAUACUCGUUAAACCUCAAAAUGAAAUCCUCCUGUAAAUGAAAAUUAAAGGAAAUUUAUGCUGACCAAAAA